CGGCAUCGUCCUCAGUCCGAGACCGCGAGAAAAAGGAUGAAGAUGACGCAGUUAUUUUCAUCGGCAGUUGUGUGUCCAAUGAGCUGUGGUGCUCAGUGCCUGUCGCGGAUCUGGUUCCGAAAAUAUCGGCGCCUGUACGAUGGUACGUGUCGACACUUUGCUGGGCGCCGACGUGGGCAGAUGAUGCAGACCGCUUCUUAUCAGAAACACCCGAAGGAGGUGCCACCGCUCAGACGAACCUGUCUUUGUUUUUAGCUUUGCAACCUGGGCCUGGACCUAGUGAAGGAGAAGGGACGCAUAAAGACAGCGCCAAUGCUGGAAACCUAACACGCAUCGUAGCGCUAAGCGUAUCGACUGCUGCUUCUGGUAGUGACAUGCGUUCUGCAAAAGCAGGGGACUCCAAGAGCCUGAGCCGUUGUUCUGUAUUAUGGAGCCAGCCUUUGCCGUUCUUAGGGUCGAAGGUCUUGCGGCUCGAAUGUCGUCAAACGGGACAUCUGGUGGUAUCUACAGACCAACGGAUCCUCCUUUUUCAGAAGGCGAGUACCCUUGACUUGGGUGGCCUUUCGUCCGACCUGACGUUUGGCCGCUCUGCUGUGUCGCCGAUAGGUACGACAGAAGCGGACUUCCGCUCGGCUGCAGUUGAGGUUCUCCCAGUCGGUUCGAAGCCACACGAAGG